AUGGGGCGGAAGUGGAACGAGCUGUCGUCGGCUCCAUGGAGGAUGGGGGAGGCGGCAGAGGACGAGGACGCGACAAGGAUGAGCCGAGAGGGGAAGGUCAGCAUCACCAGCAACCCCGAGGAGAUGCCCACCAUGAGCGUGCCCCGGAGCAGACGCCCGGACCUCGACCUCACCAUCGAUGACUUCGAGGAGGACGAGAUCGACCCCGAGCUGCGCUACUCCUUCCAGCGGAACAACAGGUUUCUGAAGAGAGUUUUUAGCGUGGACGCACUUGUCAAGCCUCUCCCUCCUGUAAUGGCAUACAGUGUAUCCCGCAAUAUAAACUUCUUCUUCCGGAUCUUCACACAGUUCUGGGGUAAGUUCUGGUGA